AUGGCCCCCGCGUCGAGCUUCUAUCUCCUUAUCAAUGUUUUAGCAUCUGUCACUAGCGCUGCUCCUUUUGCUCAAGCAGCUUGCGAUCGCACGAUUCUUGCUCAAGCCGCAGAUGCCUACAUUGCAGCACAAACAGCUGGUUCUCUCGAUCCACUGAAGUCUGUUCUGGCGACAUCAUGGAUCUACACUGAGAACAAUAAGAACAUUUCCACCUCUUCAAGUGUCCUCUCCAAGAAGCUUACCAUCGACCACCACCGCACGAGCUACGAUCUCGUCACCUGCGCUACCUACACUGAGGUAGUCGCCGCAAGUGGACCGUAUGUUAUCGGCACGCAAAUCCGACACAACACGGAUAGAAAAGUCUCCAGCAUAGAUACGAUUGCAAGCACAACAGGAUCAUGGCUCUUUAACGCAACCAAGACGCUCGAGUACGUGAAGGCAGAGGACGCAGGGUGGAAACCGCUUCCUGUGUCAGCGCAGUCAUCGAGAGAACUCAUACAAGCUGCUGGAGAUGCCUAUCUUGAUAUGUGGAGUGAUGCACAUGCACAUGAGAAGGUGCCGUGGGGCACGCCGUGCGUGAGGCUCGAGGGCAGUGCGUACACGGGUAAAGGGGAGCCCAACGAUUCGUGUCAGCCAGGCAUCCCUAGCAAUCACAACCAGGCGCCGAAUACGAGGAGGCGAUACGUCAUUGAUGAGGAGAUGGGGAGCGUGAGUAUCUUCUGUGUGUGGGAGCACAUGAUGAAUGCGGCUGACUCGCAUGAAUUUCGACUGGAGAAUGGAAAGUUGAGGUAUGUGCAUACGAUGACCGAGUGUGGUGGUAGAACUUGCAAACUGUGA